CAUAUCAGCCAUGUUUGUCCUCCUCGCUGCGCGCCCAGCCCUGAUGGUGGUGGCCGCCCACCACUCCGAUCUGGAGUCCUCUUCUCCCCCUACUACCCGAGGGCACACCCCCCAAUGCUGACCGCUCAUCACAGACAACGGCGACAGAGGCGGCAACAUGACGUACCAGUCCAAGACGCGCGUCGUCGACAAGUACAAGGUCAUUGGCUUCAUCAGCAGCGGCACCUACGGCCGCGUGUACAAGGCCGUCAGCCGCGCCGGCGGCCCGGGCGAGUUUGCCAUCAAGAAGUUCAAGCCCGACAAGGAGGGCGAGCAGGUGCAGUACACGGGCAUCUCGCAGUCGGCCAUCCGCGAGAUGGCGCUCUGCUCCGAGCUGAGCCACGACAACGUCAUCCGCCUCCACGAGAUCAUCCUCGAGGACAAGUGCAUCUUUAUGGUCUUUGAGUACGCGGAGCACGACCUGCUCCAGAUCAUCCACCACCACACCCAGCAGCCGCGCCACACCAUCCCGCCCGCCACCGUAAAGAGCAUCAUGUUCCAGCUGCUCAACGGCUGCCAGUAUCUGCACAGCAACUGGGUGCUCCACCGCGACCUCAAGCCAGCAAACAUCAUGGUCACCUCGCAGGGCCACGUCCGCAUAGGCGAUCUGGGUCUCGCCAGGCUGUUCUACAAGCCCGUCCACUCCCUCUUCAGCGGUGAUAAGGUCGUCGUCACGAUAUGGUAUCGUGCUCCCGAGCUACUGUUAGGAAGCAGGCACUACACCCCCGCCAUCGACAUGUGGGCUGUCGGGUGCAUCUUUGCCGAGCUGCUGUCCCUCCGGCCAAUCUUCAAGGGCGAAGAGGCCAAGAUGGACAAGAAGACGGUGCCGUUCCAGCGCAACCAGAUGCAGAAGAUUGUCGACAUCAUGGGGAUGCCGACCAAGGAGCGCUGGCCGUACCUCACCAGCAUGCCCGAGUACAGCCACCUCAACACUCUGCAGCCCAUGCUGCACCACAGCCAUCAUCACCACCAUCACAGCAGCCAGAACAGCAGGAACUCGGCUACGACCAGCAAGCUUGAGUCCUGGUACCACGCCACCAUCAACCAGCACUCGUCCACAUCAGCACCGGGGGGAGCCAACAGCCUGUCCAGUCUGGGCGUCGAGGGCUACAAGCUGCUCUCGGGCUUGCUCGAGUACGACCCCGAGAAGCGGCUCACUGCCGCCCAGGCGCUGCAGCAUCCCUUUUUCACGACGGGUGUGACGUUCACCAACAACUGCUUCGAGGGCCUGUCCACGACGUACCCGACGCGCAGGGUCAGCCAGGACGACAACGACAUCCGCACGAGCAGCCUCCCGGGGACGAAGCGGUCGGGUCUGCCCGACGACAGCCUCGCCCGGCCCGUCAAGAGGGUCAAGGAGAACUAGGAGACUCUCAUGACUGGCGGCCCGGGCUUAGCAAGUCUGGCGCUGGCAGCACUCGCACGAGCGCGAGCUGGGGGUCAGGAGGGCAAGCCCUUUUAGAACAAUCUUUAUGGACAGGCUGCGUUAAGAUUCUCGG